GCUUUAGGUUAGAGUAAGCCUUUAUAUAUGGGGGACUAUAUGCUUCGAUGAUAAAAUGUGUUCAGACUCUAAAGCCAUAAAGAUCAGACCUCUACAAAGAUAGGUCAGGGUGUGGUGAUGUAUGGGAGUAAAAUGCAACCGCUUGAUCACUUAUUAUAAAGGGUGAACACUGUUUUGAUUCACAGGCUAUAUUUUGAUUGUUUCUUAUCAAUAUAGCUCACACAGGCACACUUGAGGGCACAAAAACUACAAAAUAAGGGUAUUUUUGUUUCUUCUAUUUUGCAGACACGCACAAUAUGUAUAACUCUUUAAUAUCAGCAAACAAUCUUCAUAAUCCAGGUGAUGAAAUGACUUUCUCUGAACAUUUCUUUGUGCAGCCUUUCAGCUGUUUGACCAAACUUGUCAUUUGGCUCGAUGCCACACUUCUCUGCCUUGUUCCAGAAGGCGGAAGGAGGGGGCAGUGGAGCAUUGCGCAUGCGCCCGAGGUUGUUUUUCACACUGCCUGUCGCUUAAAGUGAGCUGAGCUACGGGGGUUUCCUUGUCUUUGACUGGAGACCAACUCGCAGAGAGGCAGGCGGACGAUAACAGCAUCCUUUGCUGUUAUUCAGCCAUCACACAUCUCAAUGAACUGCUCGCAAAGAAGCCACUGAUCGUGCCUACUGCUUUUUGCAGGGCAGAGAUACUGAUCAGUGUCUAAAAACUGCAUCUCUUUUUCACAUGAGAUUAUUUUUUCAUAGACUUUUUUUAUUUUAAUUUCAAGGUCUCUGUAGCCCUGUCUCUUUCCAACCAUGGUGCUAGGGAAGGUAAAGAGCUUCACAGUAAGCUACGACUGUCUCAAUGACAGCAAUGUCCCCGUCUUCUCCAGCGGGGACUGUGUCUCAGGGAGGGUGGUCAUCGAAGUCACGGGAGAAAUCCGCGUGAAAUCUCUCAAAAUCCACGCGAAAGGAUUUGCAAAAGUUCGUUGGACUGAAUCGAGGAACGCAGGAUCCAACACUGCCUACACACAAAACUACACAGAAGAAGUGGAAUACCUAAAUCACAAAGAUAUUUUGAUUGGACAUGAGAGAGGUAAGACUUUGUGUUUAUUUUUUCAUUAUUCUUAUUUUUGAUGUCGCUAUUGACUAUGAGAUGCUCUUUGUGCUGGUUCAUUGGAGGAUGCUGUUGUCCUGGCUGUCAUAAACAGUCAUAGUAAUGUUAUUUAAUGCACUCAAAGUGAGAAACCUUUGUGUUAAAGUGUGCUUUUGUGGUGCAGUUUUAUUCAGUGACUUAUAAUUGAAAGAUCUCAGCGGAUACUUGUUUGUGUCGAGGUGUCAGAAUGAAUGACAGCAGCUCGGGCAACUAUGUUUUUCAGAGUAUUUCAACAAUAAAACCACCUUAAGAUAAAUUUAUUUAGAGCUACAUCGAUGGAGUAAUAAGUUGUGGUUGUGUAUCAUCGGUUGUGUUAGAAAAUUUCGUUAAUAAACGCCUCAUUUGGGCUGUUUCUUUGUAGCUUUUCUUAAGUUUCCACCCAUUGUUCAAAGCGGUUCAAUCCUGUUCAGAAAACUGGACCUGGUGGGGGCGGGGCUUAGAGUAAAGUCCUGCCUUUGGCUGCAUGUGAUUGGCUGAGGUGCUCAUGUGUGGGUAAUGACAUCACUCUUCUGCAGAGGGUGACAGACAAUCCUGCAACUUUUUAAUUGAGAACAUCCUAGAAGCAUAAAGUCCAGAUGGAUGGAUUUAAUGUAGGCUGCUGCAGAGCACAAAAGCAAUGUUUUUUUUAUUCGUUUUUAUUUCACUCUUCUUUAGCCUGGUUACAGAUUUGUCAAGUAAAAAAAACACAAGAUUUUACAGGCAGUUGCAAUGGAGAAAUAGGCGUUAUCAAUGUCAGGUGUUGUGCCGUAGAAUGCAUCCCUGCCGUAGAAUGCACCCCUAACCGUAGCGCGGUUGAAAGUACUUAAAAACGCGAAAUAAUCCAAGUUUUCCUUACCGUUGGAUGGAUUCAAAAGCGUUUGUCGUUUAUAAUUUCAUUCAGGCUAUUCAGAUAAGUCGAAAACAAUAGCCCUCUGACUCGUAAUAUUUGUUGUCCCCAAAAUAUAAUGUUCUCUAUCUUGACAGCUAACUGUACAGUUCAUACACCCAAGUACAGCUCUAUAUGUGCAUUUUUUAGACACAUAAAAAUAAAAUGAAAGUAUGCUGCUCCAUUUGACAUGUUGUCGUGAUCCAAUACUCGUGUUUUUGGUAAAAUAUCAGAUAAUUUUCUUCCUCUUUAAGAAGCUAAUGAGUGGAGGGGGUGCAUUCUACGGUAGGGGUGCAUUCUAUAGCAUAACACCUAUCUGUGUUUUAAACUGAUUAGAUACCGUUCACUUACAUUCUUCACGAGCUUUUCUUGAAAUGCUCAAAAUGAAGCUGGUUUUGUAUAUUAAAAGAGUUGAGGACUGCAGUAGGUGGAGGUCUGAGCAGUCUUGUUGUAGUAGUAGCUGACUGCGGCGUCGCUCAGUGAAUGCGUAAUGAGAGCAGAGCAGAGUGGAGCAGAGCGGCUGUGGGAAGCUGCUCGCACCGGUUUAGGCCGGUCUCCUCCUGCUGGAGUCUGCCGUUUGACUGACAGCUCCGCACUUGUUUACCACACGGCUGCUGCUGCUGCUGCUGCUGGUGUAAGGGGGAGGGAGUGCUGAGCUGGCAGAAGCACACCCGACCUGUCGAGUUCAGCGCUUCAAUUUUCACCUAAGAUAUGAUUUUAAAAAAAUGUUCCCAAUCGUUUUAACGUUUUACGAACAUCGUGUCCUCAUUCCCCUUGAGAAACGGGUAGAGUGUCUGUUUCAUUUCAGAGAUGGGCAAAUAGGUUAGUUUUGAAAAGUAAGGAAUCUUUACGGAUUAGGAUUUGCUGCCAUAUAGAGCCAUGCUUUUGCCAUGAAAGCUGAUGUUUUCCUCCAUGGUCAAACGAAAAAGAGCCAUGUCUUUGUUCGUACAUAAGCCGGACAUCUUUUACAACCACAAACCACAAACUAGUCUGCUUCACAUCUCUCAAUACACUAAAAUUUUAGACAUACAUAGUAAAAUCCCUUUUAUUCUCUUUUGUCUCCCCCACCCUGUGUUUUUGGUAUGACUUUCAGAUGCCUUCGUAGAGCAUUUUUCUCAGGUAUGGUAUACAUGUGUUUGGAAUAUAUUCCUCCUUGUUUUUCAGAUGAUGAUAACUCUGAGGAAGGACUCACCACUAUCCAUUCAGGAAGACAUGAGUAUGCAUUCAGCCUUGAGCUUCCACAGACGUGAGUGUCUUCAGUACUACGCCUCAAGUCAGAGAUAAAAUAUCAUUACCAUUGUUAUUAAGUGGUGACCUGUUGGAGCUGUUAAUUUAAUCCUUUUCUUUCCGUCUUUCUUCUUAUCUCCCCGUAGACCUCUGGCUACCUCUUUUGAAGGGAAGCAUGGCAGUGUGCGCUACUGGGUAAAGGCCGAACUUCACAGACCAUGGCUCCUGCCGAUGAAGACCAAGAAGGAAUUUACAGUCUUUGAGCACAUUGACAUCAACACUCCAUUAUUGCUGGUAAGCCCUUUUAAAAAGAGUUAUGAGUAUGUAAGUGAGUAUGUAUGCUAGUCUUGAUCAAUGAACCAAGUGAUCAAAAUAAAGCAGAUUUUGCUUAGUUAAUAACUGUCUAAACCAUCUGUUUUCUUGUUCUUUCAGUCACCACAGGCCGGCACUAAAGACAAGACACUUUGCUGUUGGUUCUGCACCUCAGGUCCUAUUUCCCUAAGUGCCAAAAUUGAAAGGAAGGGAUACACCCCAGGUAAGAAUAAACACAAUGCACAGACUCCACAGAUAACUACCAUGAGAAGUAAUUGAAGACUAACUUCCCAACCCUCUUUCGCAUUUCAGGAGAGUCAAUCCAGAUCUUUGCUGAGAUCGAGAAUUGCUCGUCCCGCAUGGUGGUGCCAAAGGCGGCCAUCUACCAGACCCAGACCUUCUAUGCCAAAGGGAAAAUGAAGGAGGUCAAGCAGCUGGUGGCCAACCUGCGGGGCGAGUCUUUGUCCUCAGGCAAAACAGAGACCUGGAGUGGCAAGAUGCUGAAGAUUCCCCCUGUCUCCCCUUCCAUCCUUGACUGCAGCAUCAUCAGAGUGGAGUACUCCCUCAUGGUGAGUACAGUAUUAGACACAUAGAGAUUCAUACUUCCUUUAGCCUCUUCUCAUUUCCUUAUUAUCCGUAUUAUCAGGACGAACUCAAUAAUUCCUAGAAAGCCAGUAUCCCUGCUGGUGAAAGACCUGUCAGACUCAGCUCUCAUAGCCAAAUCUGGGCCUUGGAUUGCACCAGGUGUUAUCUCCACAUGCUGCUAAGAGCAUUAGCCCAGAAUAUCUUAGGUAACACCUGUCUUGAGGGUGCUUAUAACCUCUUUACCUUGUGGGCAGACAGGCUCCAGGCAAGGGCUCUACCUUUCAUAAGCGGCUGACCUCAACAUAUUGACCCACAUAUUGCCAAAUGACUGGGCAACCUGUAUAGCCCUGAAUAGCAUUGAUCCAUGAUAUAUAUCUGCUAGUUGUUGUAUACGUGUUAGUCGCUAAGCUACAAAGCUUUUUAUCCACUACUAUGCAGCACAUUUGUUCCACUAGAGCAGGAUGACUUGCAUAUACUAAGCUGCUGUAUCGUCCACAUGUUCAGGUGUACGUGGACAUACCUGGGGCGAUUAACCUGUCCUUGAACCUGCCCUUGGUCAUCGGAACCAUCCCUCUCCACCCUUUCGGCUCUCGCACUUCCAGCGUCAGCAGCCAGUGCAGCAUGAGCUGGCUCGGCAUGGGUCUGCCUGAGAGGCCUGAAGGUAGGUUGCAUCUCAUCAUGAUUUAUAUAUGGCAUUGUUUUAAAAGUGUAAAUUUCCAGGGCGCUGACAUGUGGACUCUUUUGCAGCUCCUCCUAGCUAUGCAGAAAUUGUGACCGAGGAGCAGAGGCAGAGCAGUCUGGAUGUGCCGGCAGCUCGUGAGGAUCUGGACGGACCUCUGUUUGCUUACAUUCACGAGUUCCGCUUCCAGCCACCUCCUCUGUACUCAGAGGUAAACACCAAACUAAAUAAAACUGUUUCAUUUUUGAAAAUCACAAACUUUAGUUGUCAUUAAAUAUCAAAAAACUUAUACUUCUAUUCUUUUUCCCACUUCAGAUUGAUCCUAAUCCAGAUCACGCCAGCCGUACAGAGGAGCGCAGGCUGGACACCUGUCCAUCUCGCUGAAGGGUAUCCCUGAAAUUCCCCUGACUGAAUGGGGAAACCAAAAGGAAACCUGCUUGCAAGGCUCAGCUUUGUUUAUUUUUCUCCAGUAACAACGCUCAUACGGUGCUGUUGACUCGAGGAGAAAAAUACCCCAACCAACCGACAAAGACUUGGACAAAUACUCACAUUUGAGUUGGGUUGGAUGAAUCUGUUCCUGCCUUCCUUCAAUGACAGAAACAGGAGUCAGUAGUUUGGGGCAUCACUUCCUUUCUGUGUCAGCCGGCUGAGGGUGGGAGAAGUGCAGAUGAACACAUUUAGUCUGUAUGAAAAACUCCCACAUGCCAGAAGAGCCCUGGUGAGAAAACUGACACUGACAAGGAAGAAUCAGCUCGCCAAGCUCCUCUUUUAACCCCUGAUUCUCCUGUACUCAUGGCACAUAAGGACAUGGCUCCUCACACAAAGGGCAGGACUCAUCAUGUCCAGACUUCAGGAGAAUCAGCAGAAAACAGGAUGAAGACAGAAAAAUAACACCAUAGUCUGUACAAAUGAAAGCAGUAUGCUGCAUCAGUCAACAACAGAGCCAAGACUCAGUCCUCCUGCCUCAUUUGGGAUUUUGUUUUGCACAUUUUAUUCUUUACUUGAGUUGUGUGGCUCUGUUAUAAUAAGAAUUUAAAAAAAAAAUCACUAAUAGUUUGGUUUCAGCCUUGUAAUGCACCAGACUAAGAGACUGCAGGCUUAACUUUUGAGACUUUCAUCUUCGAGCUACGCUGAGAACAGGAUUUGAUUUCGUUAAAAAAAAAGAAUGAAAAGGACAAGAACAAUGCACUGAAUUUUGUUUAAGCUGUUUAAGAAAUUUCUUUCUCUCCUUAUGACAUUUCCUCAGUGACUUGUAAUAACUAGGACUGGACUUUUAAGACAGCUGCAGCACAUGAUCUCCAUCUUUUACGUUGUUGCCUCCUCAGCUUGGAUCCGAGUGUGGCUUCCCUCCUGUUUUAGUUUCGUUCUGUAAUUUAGUUUUUGUGUUUAGCUCUAAUCUUAGUACUGAUUUGAACCUUUUUUGUGUUGAGGUUGCUCUGGAUUUGGACUAGGAGGGUUGCAGACCUGUAUUUGCCACUCAAAACUCUAGCUUAAGAGAAAAGUGUGAGUCUGUGUGUGAAUGUGUGCGAGUGUAACAGAGAGAGUGGUACAAUAUGGAGGGACUUGCCUGAUUACCUGCAGCCUCUCUACUCCUAAUCUCAGGGCAAGCUAGGCUUGCGUAACUGCCCAAAAAGCACUGUCUCAGGUGGUCUUCUCACUUGCCAAACGGUUGGAGAAAAAAAAAAGAAAAAAAAUUGUAGGUUUCCUUUUAAAAUUGCACUGUUAAAAAUUCUGAUUUUUUUUUUUUUAAAUACCAAAACGUGAGAAAUGACCUACAGAGAAGUAAGGCAGCUUUCUGAGAUUGAUCACAUUCCCUUUUUGUCCUGCUGCACUCACCCAGUCCACCUAACCAACUGCUAGUCUAAACCAGACCCGUGAAGCCGGAAUGCUACAAAAAAAAAGAAAAAGGGAAAAGAAGGAGAAACGACUCUGCUCAUGCGUUUUUAAAAGGAGCAAACCCAGCACAAAUAAAAGAGCUGGGGACACUGCUAAACUUCUGUUGAGACUGGUCAGAACAAGUAGUAGUAGGUUGACAUGAGUAAUACAUUGGUUUUCUAACUCAUUCAACACAAACGGCCAGCUGCAACAGAGGAUUUGCAUAGUCAGGAAAAAAAGCAGCACUUUUUUGAUAAGAAAAAAAAUGUUGAAAAAGCAUUCAAAGGUGAAGGUCUGGACAUGAAAACAUUUGUACUAAAGGAUUCUUCUUGUAUAGGACGCUAAUCCAUUAUUUAAUUUUUUUUUUAGGCGUGUGACUUUUCUAAGUGUACAUGUUAAACAUAGCUGACACCAGUCUGGAUGUAUGUUCGUGUGUGUGUACGUGUGUCUGUGCAUGCUCCUCUCGAGAUCCAGCUGCAACUAAACAAACAGCUUCUGACGAACUGCAGACGAUUAAAGUGAUCUUAUCUUAGUGGCCUUGACACAGAAAAGACCUGAUCAUGAUUCUUCAAUUUUUUCAGUGUCCGUUCGCUCUUGUUCUCUCCUUUUUUGUUAAGUUUGUAGACGUCUGUAUGUUUUCACAUCUUUCAGUGUUCAUUCAAAAGGACAAAAAGGGAAGAGAAAAAAAAAAAAGUCCUUUAAAAGCAAGUGUUUGAAUAUCGACACCUAAGACGGGCCUCUCCACUCAGCUGUUUAACUAUCAUUUCUGGGCAUUGAGAUAUUAUUUUGCAAAAGUAGUUGUUGUAACAAGCAAGCUUUCUAACUUAGCCCCCUGAACCUCUAUGACCCCCUCAGGCCUGGGGUGGCGGCUGUUGAUCAGCACCUCCCCACUGAGAAGUAUUUAGAUAACAUGGGAUAGCAGACAAACCGCUUCUUCCACAGUUUUCCUGUCCUUUUUUUGUUUUUCUCCUGUUUCCCCAGCUCCUUGUUUGGAUAUAAUUUUAGGGAAACUGAACCAAGCUACACAGCAUUGAAUAAGCUUACGUACAUGUUUCAGGUUGGUCAAUUCCAUAUAUAGUCCAUGUACUUGGGCCUCAAAGUAGUCCAGUGUCAAAACUAAGCUAAACUCCUGACCCUGAUAAAGGCAGGAGCUGAAAUGUUCAGAGAUAAAAGAAGCUGGGCCACAGGAUCUGAAACAUUUUAGAAACAAAGUGCAAUAUCACUCACUGACUUUUCUUUGUUCCCCAUUUGUAUGUUUGUUUUUAUCUCUUAUUUGGUCUGUUAAUCAUGACGAUGUAUAGAUAUUCUAUGAAUAUACUAUGUUCUGAAUGAUUUAACCUUUUUUCUAGUUCUUACUUUUGAUUUGAAUAAACAUUUUGUUCCAUACUACA